UCUGAUUACAUUCCUCCGAAAACAGCGCGAAAUAUGGCGGCGCAUUCGGAGAAGUUUUCGAUUUCUCGAACUGCCUUUUAGGGUAUUCUUUCUGUUGAUCAGAUAUAAUUUCAUAUGAGCAACUGCUGAGCACAAUAUGGAUGCAUCCAUAGCAAGGAAAACUCAAGAUACCUUGGGAAAAGUCAUCAAGAAGCCACCGCUAACGGAUAAACUUUUGAGCAAACCCCCUUUCCGAUUUCUACAUGACAUUAUAACCGAGGUUAUCAAGAACACGGGUUUUCUAAAGGGUCUUUACUCAGCAGAUGAAUUGAACUCUGCGAACGUGAAGGAAAAAGACGCGAAAAUCGCUUUUCUUCAGAAAGCAAUUGACGUCGUCGCUAUUGUAAGUGGUGCAAGUUUAUCUGUUCGUCCAAGCAAGAUUGUUGCUGGCCAUGAACCUGAGAAAACAAAUGAAUUUUUGCAGGCUCUGGGUAAAGCUGUCAUUUCAAAGAAAAGCAGUAGUGAUGCUGUUAAAACUGUACUAAGUGGAGGUAAAGCUGGAGAAAGCAAAACAAAAGACAGAUCUAGAAGUCGGGAUCGAGAAAAAUCCAAGGAGCCAGAAAAUGAAAAAAAGGAGGACAAAAGAAAAGACAGUGCAAAAAGCAAAGAGAAGGAUGGAGACCGGAAAAAGAGAGAGGAUUCUGGAAAGAAGGAUAAAGACAAAGAAAAUGAUAAAGAGAAUGAACCGAGAAGAAAAGAUAGAUCAAGGGAUAAAGAUAAACGUGACAAAGAGCCUGAAAAGGAAAAGAUAAAUAUUGAAAAGAAAGAGGUGGAGUCCUCAGAUGUUGUGGACCCUAGUCUGGCUUCUGCUGAACAGGAGGAUGAGGAAGUUCCCCCAAAUCGUAUGCCACGACCGACAUCUGCUAAAGGCCAAAGAAGAAGACCCGCGGAAGGGGAGGGUGAUGAUUUCCAAGAAAGUGAAGGUGUAACGGGAACAGAUUCUUCAAGUCCUGUUCCAACCGAACAAAUGAAUGGUAUUGGAAAUGAUGAUCAUUUACCACCACAAGUUGCACAGAGCCGACAAAUGGCCAGACCCAGUAGUGCUAGACCAGCACCCCCAAAGAUCAAGAAGCAACAAGAUGAACUAGAGGACCAAGUUGGAAGGAUUGGUUCAGGCAAACAGGUCACUAAUGUUAUUGUUGAUGAUGGUAAAGACCUGGAUGAUGAUGACGACACGUUUGUUGUGGAAGAUCCUAGUACAAUGCAGAACCAUGUUGACUCAACUCCUAGUAAUGAGUCAUUGGACCAAGAGUCUGAGCAUGGCGGUCUGGUAAGAAAAAUAUUAGAAACAAAGAAGGAACUUGAAGGAAGUAAUGACCAGCAACCCAGGACUAAACAGGAUAAGUCAGCUCCUUUGAUGAGUGAUGCUGCACGAAGAAAGGAGAGGGAACUCGCUCAAAAGGAGAUUGAAAAGCUGCGAACAAGCAUACAAACUCUUACACGAAGUGCAAAUCCCUUGGGUAAAAUCAUGGAUUAUGUUCAGGAGGACGUCGAUAGCAUGAAUAAAGAGUUAGAGAUGUGGAGAACAGAGAACAAGAAUCACUCAGUGGCAUUGAAACGAGAGCAGAGUAUUACAGAUAACGAGAUUGAACCAUUGCGUGCGCAACUACAGGAAUUAGAAUCGGAAAUAUCUGAAAUGGUUGACAAGAUUAGUACCGUCAAAUGCAAUAUCCUGAAAAACGAUGAGAGAAUACAAAAGAUGUUGUCCAGUAUAUCAUUUACUUCAUGAAGGCCCAAGGAAGCCACGCCCUGUUACCCCCCACCGAGCGUGGUCAUCAGAGGCAAGAACAUGUUCUGCGUCCUAUGGAAUACCCAUUUUACCCUUGACGAGAGGCAUACUAGCCUGGGGAUACCAUACCUUUAAGAAGGCCUGGAAACUUACCUUAGGUUCACAAAAAAAAAACCUACCCAAGCGAGGGCCUUUGCAGUUAUCUAAUGUUACAAAAAUGCCUUACCCAAGCGAGGGCCUUGACACUUACCUUAGGUUCAAAGGAAAAAAAGGCCUUACCCAUGAGAAGGCUUAGACUGGCCUCAGAGGAAAACCCUAACGGUUUUCACACGGAAGUAUCAGGUCCUGCAGAAAACCGUUUACUCUCGAGGAGGCUUAGACUGGCCUCAGGUGUAAAUAGGAAACCUCUUACUUACCCUAGAGGAGCCUUAGAUAAUUCUCAGGUCCUGCGGAGAGUCCCCUGGUACAAGGGGGUUCCGUUCCUAGCCUAGGGUCAUGCAUUAUAGAAAUGCCCCAAUAAUACGACCUCUGAGGUUAACCGUAAGAGCUCGCCUGUAAUUCAGAAAUGUUCUCCCUGAGAGGAAGGACUUGUGAAUUGAAUAGGGGUGUUCUUAUAAUCCAUUUGCUCGAAAUCUUUAAUAAUAAACAUAGAUUAAGUGUUUCUUCCCUAUGUUAUGGUCGCAAGAAAUACACAUUGAUUUUAACAUAGGGCAAUUCUUUGCUUUUCUGUUAUUCUGCCAUGGUUUUGUUCUCUUGUGAUGGCGAAAUGAGUUCUGUCUUUGGUGUGCACGUUAGCGAAUCUACCCGUUAAGACUCGCGGCUCAUAUGUCAAGUACAUGCACACACAGCUAGGGAGUUAGUUAAUUGCCAGGAUGGAUUGGUAAUAAGACCUGAUACUGUAUAUAACUGUAAAGCUAUAAGGUUAUGGAGAUUUUAAUGUAAAAUAUUUAUAGUGUGCAAAAA